AUGUUCUUCCAACCCUUACCAGCUAAAGAUAAAAUCACUUUCACGAAUAGAAUAGGUAAAAAGGAAACUGGUACUAAAAUCAGGUUCAGAAAUGGUUUCUGUCACGACGGUUUAACAUCGGUCGAUAUUCAAGAAAUAGUGAAAGCCGGUGGACGAAUUAUUAAAAUAUUAGAUGGUAUAGUUUACGAAGAAAAUUUUAAAACUCCACCCUAUAGAGAUUAUAUUUUAAUUUUGAGAGAUCUAAGAAAUAAAUAUAAACGAGAAGGUAAUAUCACUACAUCGAGACAUCUAUGGAGUGAAGCGACUUUAAAAGCCAACAACGAUUCACACGUUAUAAACUAUGAAAAAGUAAAUGAUAGUCAAUUUAUAGUUAAGAUAAAUGAAGAAGAAAAGGAAUUUGACUGUACACCUCCUAAAUCUAUACGACUAACACCUAGUCAUUUGGGAUCAUUCGUUUUAUCUCACAGUAAAAAAAUAAUGAAUAAUUUUAUUCACGUGAUAGAUGGAUUUUAUAAGCCUGAAAUAUACUUUACGGAUACCGAUAGUUUAUACAUUUCGUCUAGCAAUUGGGAUAAAUUAAAUGAAGCUGGGUUAGUGUCCGAAAAUGAUUAUUGUAAAGGAAAGAAUGAUUACGGUGAUGGUGGAAUUAUAUUUGGUUUAUAUUUAGUGCCAAAAGUUAAAUACAAUAUCAUUCUAACUUCCGACGGUGUUUUAAAAGAAAAGAAAACGUUUAAGGGUUACUCUAAUGAUAAGAUAUCUGUAGAAGAUUAUAUUCGAUUAGCUAGUGGACACGAUGUGACGAAUGAAUUUAAGAAACCUUGGGUAAAAAGUUUCACCAAUGGAGUAGUUAUUCCAGAUGAUAAACAAAAGAAAGUUUUUAGAAGUUAUCUAAAUCUCGUUAAGAGAAGAACUUAA